GUGUGGGCGGCGGACUGCGAUCACCUUACGGCACUGCACGCCGCCGCCUUCCGGGGCCACACGGAGUGCUGUGAAACGCUGCUGCAACAUCCCAGCUUGGAGCAGAUCUGCAAGGCUGGCAUCCUGGACAUCAGCUCACUCCGGCAUGCCCGCGAGGACGUCUUCGCCAUCAUUCAGGCAGCUCUGGAGAAGGUGGGCAUCGCCAUCGAGGCACCCAAGGACGUCGCGGUGCAGGUCGAGGUCGAGGCCGAACCAACGGAGGACGGCGAGUUGGACCUGGCCAUUGCCGAGGGACAGUUCCUGCUCACGCUCCCCCCAUCGCCCGACGACCAAGCAGCUUCAGCUUCAGAGGAAGGCGCCGCGCCAGAGAGCCCGUGGAGCCCGCAAGCACCGCACAGCCCAGUGGAAGUGCUCACUGCUGCGCCACUUCUGGCGAUCCACCAGAAGUUGCUCGAAGCAAAGUUGAAUCCGCUUGACUACUUCAAGCAGCUGGAUCAGGAUGGUGAUGGCCGAUUGACACCUGACGAACUGCGGAAGUGCUUGCAGAGCCUGGGGCAUCGGCCUAGUCCCGACGAGCUUCGCCAGCUUCUCGCGAGGCUGGACCCUGAGAGAACCGGCAGCGUGGAGAUUGCCGCGCUCUACCACGCAGUGCAACUGGAGGCCGCCGAGCACGAGGCGAAGCUGAGGCAGGAACUCGAGCGAGCGAUGCGUCGGGCGACCGGUUUCGAUGGACAGGAUGAGGAAGCGAUGCGAGUGAGGUCUCCGGAAGUCUCCUCCGCAGCACUCCGCGCGCUGGUGUUGAAGAUGGAGGCGACACAGAUGCGCGUCGGCGAACUGUUCCGCAAGUUCGACGUGGAUGGGGACGGCUUCUGGUCGCUUUCAGAGCUGGGCGAGGCCGUGUCCUUUGCGGGUCAUGCAGCAUCUCCCAGAGACUUGCGUGACUUGAUGGAUCUGAUACUCGGCGGGGGUGCUGGGUGGGCUGUAUGGCCUUGGCUUGGGCUUUCAGCAUUGCGCGGUCCAUGGUAA